GGGUUGCUGACACUUUUCAUAGAUUCAUCUUCUGUAGCCAACAUGUUAGAAGGAAACAGCUUUUACAUUUUUUUUUUCCUUUGUCAUUAACUUUGUGCGUCAAAACAGGGAUGACAUCCCAUAAUACCUGCGAGGACAUGAAGGCUGUUUGAUAAACGAGAGUUAGCGACAAUAACAAUCCUGAAGUUUUCAAACCUGUGACACGUUUUAUCUCUUUAAGAAAAACUCUCCUGUUUCAUGAACUAGUCCACAUCUGUUACCGUGUAAAGAGCAAGGUGCUUUCAUCGCUCUAUUUAACAAACUAUAACAUAAGGCUUGAUAUUUUACCAGUACGUGACGCCUACCUACCUGUGUCGACGAGGAGUGUCCGCCAUUUGUGAAACCCAGAAACAGACUACUGGCGUGCCUCGGAGAAAACUGGGUGCAGCUUCCAUGUCUCUUUAAGAUAUCUUCAGAGUAGGAUAGGCUUAUUAAUGCAGCUCUAAAAAAACUAUUACAUAACUGACAAAAAAUGUCAAUAAAACUAGAGUAAUAAUCAAGACAUGACUUUAGGGCAUCAAAUGAGGAUAUCAUAAAAUGUGAAUGCAAAAUUUUAGUACCGUACCUGGUGUUUGAGGCACACAGGUGACACGUGAAGGCAGCAUGGGCAAUUAGCAUAUUUGAACGUGAGACUUUUGCUUUAAGAUCAGUUCUUCCUACUGAAGUGGGCUGGAAGACAGAGACAGCCUGGAAGCAUUUCUGUUUUAUGUGCCUCUGACUUCAUCUCUGCAGCAUGCUCAGCAUUAGAUACUCAAGAAAGAUAUAAAGAGUGAGAACAACCUUAGAUGGAGGUAAAAACAAUACUUCAAGUAAAAUUUGUUUUAUAUACCAAAAACAAAACAUUCUGAUGACUUAUGCUCCUUAAGCCUCUUUCAAUCAAGCUCAGCAUUAAACCAAUAUUUGACUGGAAACACACAGACUCCUAUUUCUUGUGGUCAAGCAAAGUCUCGUCUGUACCAUUUUAGUUUAAAAUGUCACUUAAACACACGUGUAGGUGAAAAUUGAUAAGUACUUAUCAUAUAAAAGUCAUUUUUUUAAAUGAGGAGACUGAUCAUCAAACUAUGUCAGAUCCCAAAGCGCAGAGGCACCAUGUUCCUAAUUAUUAGUAUGACUUGAAGUAUCAUUUUAAGGAUUUUGUACAGCUCAUUGGGUUAACAUGUAACCUUACGGCUAAAAUAGGCCAUAUAAGAUGAAACAAAAUGUAUUAAAAAUAAACAAACAGUUGUUAUUUCAUGCGUGUGUGUAGCUGUGUUAAUACGAUUGUCUCUGGUUCCCUGCUUGUUGCUCAUGACAGCAGAGAAUUAAGUAGGCUACAGGCUGAGAUCAUUUACAAGUACAUUGGAAAAUCUCACUCUAUUCCGUGCACAUAAAACAUCAUCUGGUAAACUCAGCUGCCAGGCUUUAACCAGAACCAAAAUGUGACCACAUGUGACCACAUUACUCAUGGUGUAGCCUCUUUUCACAGGCCCUGCAUAUUUGAUAAAAUUAGAUUUUUAGGGUUGUAUUUAUCACUAUCACAGCUCUCCAUUGCUUUUCUUUCCACUUUGGCUAUUUUGUACCGAACAAGCUGAAAAAAUAAGGUCCAGUUAAAGAGUUUUUAAUUUCUAUUUUUUGGCUGAACCUUGAACCAUAACUUAAAAAAGGUGUUUAACAGUGUCUAAUGGCAUGAAAAUACUUACAUAGUGUUGCCCUCACUAUGUUGGCAUCCUUUGAUGGCUUGUCUUAUUCUGCUUUGAUUUUUUUAGGUAUCAUUUUAAGAUUGUUCAUAUUUUAAAAUGGACAAGACUGGUUUUGUUAGUUAUGUGAAGUCAUUUACAUAUUUUCGGUCUCAGAUGUGUAAAAUAAUUUAUUUAGACAACUUUCCAAUCACAGCACAAUGAUAAAUUCCCACAACAUGUAUUCACACAUCCACAUACCUCCAGAAAAUAACCAGAAAUGUGAAGGUUGGCAGCAUGUAUGAACACAAACAGACACAUUUUUUAACCUGCUUUACCUGGGCUUGUUUUUGCUAACACCUUGAAAUAUUUGGGUAAUUUGUAGUUAAAAAUCUCUUAAAAAACAUUUUUUUUAUAUCUUGUCUUCAUACAUGGUUGCGUCGGUGAACCAUUUCCUCUCUACUUCUCUUUUGCCCAUCUCCCAGAGUUGGAAGAGAAGCCUGGACCCGCUUUUGGCAGUAGUCAGAAGAUACUCCUGGUUGUCUGGGUAUUUUCUGGCAUUGUACCUUCCAUAAACCAGAGACUGGCAGAGACGAGCAAGCACCAGCAGGAAGAGGGAAUCCUUCUCAUCACUGUUGAGCAGCAUGAUGCUCUCCCAGCCUGCCAGCACUGCUCCACCUACAUCCAAUGGAUGGGGGUCCUCCAGCAUCAAAUACAUGAUGGAUAUUGCCAGUUCAAACACAAGACAUCCGUUCAUGAGCAUAGAAAAGUCAAGGACGCCUGAAACCACAUGAUGCCCGCUGUCAUCAGGUGUGACAAGGAUGUUCUGGUCACUCAAGUCCCCGUGAAUUAUUCCUGCGAAGAAGAAAUCAAGGAUGUAAAGUAGGGGUAAAACUGUAUUAAUAUUCUGUGCACUUGGGUGAAGUAAUUCCACUGUCCUAUUAUUCUCUAUAGAUAAAUCACAGAUCUUUGAUUAUCUUAAGAUACCUAUCAUUUGUGCAUAUGCAAGAGUACUCUCUCCUUAUAUUUAGAAUAUUGCUCCUAAAGUUACUGCCAAAGUCAAGACAUGAAGCCAUGACCAAUUUUUUCUCCAUCCCAGUAGCGUGAGAUAAAAUAUCUGCAGAUAACUCAGGACAGCGUAAUGACGCCCUGGGUAGCCAGGACAUCAAUAAAAAUGGCCCAUUUGUUGUUGAAAAAAGAUGGCUGGUUAUCACCCACCUUCACAAAACAAAUGUUCUAAAUUUGGAUCCCAGUCGUCAUUGAGCAGGUGGUGGAGGGUUCUGAGGCUCGACCAAUCGAGAACAACUGAUCUAGAACUAUCAAGUCUACUAAUGAACAAAUUCUGCACCUGGUGUCCCUCCUGUCCAGAAUGAAGCUGCUCCAACAAGCACCCCUACAGGACUGGACCACUACCACUGCAUAUGAAGGUAUUUUUGUUGCAUUUAUGCUGCAUGUUUCUUUGGUGUAUUGAUUUUAGAAAUUUAGUAUGUACUUUUAAACUGACAUUGUUAGAAACACGUGGUAAGGACAGAGACAUGGAGUUUUUUCACUGUUGUUAUUAUUUUUCUUGAUCACAAAAGUUAUAAUGAUUAUACUAACAAUAAUUAUGAUAUUAAUAAUUUAAGUAUACAUGAAUAAAUGAAGACAUGUAAAGAAAAUUAAGAUCACAUUGGCUCUAUGUUUUCUCUUUUUGUCUCUAUGUACAGUUGUAGUUUUCUUUUAUUUCUAUUUUUCCAUGUUUUUAUGAAUCCCAGAAAUAAACAUCUAUGUUUGCACAUGUACAAAUCCUAUUCAUAUACUCCUUUGGAAGAUAUGAAUUAUGCAAAUUUAUUAAUGCCCAGGUAAAAAAAUAUAAAAAAGGGAGAAACUGCAGAAGUGCUGCCAUAAACCUUACAAUAAAUAAGGUAGAUAAUAAGUAAUAAAUAAUCCAGGAUAACAGAAAUCCUAAAGUAUAUUGGUGGUGGUUUAACUGUCUGCUGAAAAAAAAUAAUUUAACUGAACAAGAAUUAUCAUAAACAAAGUCUUACAUUUCCAGCACGGGCAGGGCAGAUGGUUGGCCAACAUGAAUCUAGUUCUGCUCGAGGUUUCUGCCUCCAAAAUAAUGUUUUUCCUGGACACUACAACAUGUCAAAUGCUAUAAAGAGCUCCUCUUGUGGUGUACUUGGACAAGAUAAAAUCUAAUCAUAAGACAGGAUGAGAUAGUUAUUUUGAUAUCUUGAUGAUGAUAUAAAGACACUUAAUGAUUGUCUAUAAAAGACAGCAUUUGUUGUAAUUUGGGGUUAUAAAUUAGAAUGGAUUGAUUGAACAUUGAAUAAAAAGAAAACAGAUCCAGAGGAACAUGGAGCUUCUGUUACCUUUUUGGAAAGAGCUGAUUUUGGGCUGCACAUUCGAUUUAUACUGGUCUAGGACUGCUUUGACGAUAUCCUGCAGGGGAUCUCCAUCCAUCACCGACAGGUAACCCUCCAGGAGAUGAAAAUUGGGAAAACUCCAGAGUUCUCCAUCCUUUUUUAGGACAUCCAGGUUUGGGGACACCAGCUGAAAAAAGUUUCAGUAUUUCAGUAUUUUGUUGUUGUUUUAUUACACACAAAUUCUUGACACUUUUAAACUAAAUAGACAUUUUGUUGUCAACAUAGUCAGCCUCAUUCACACGUCUGUCAGAUAACAGCUGUUAUAGAGAAUGUGGCGAACAGGACCUGUCAAAACACAACAUGAAGUAUUUGCAUAAGUGCGUCUGCAUCAUCCGUAUGCAGCAGAUGGGUUUAAGCUAAAACAUGAUGAUGAGUUUGACUUUUGACCUUACCUGUUGCAAUGUCAUGUCGAUGGUGGCGACCAGCUUGCCAACAUAAUAGAGAUCUUGUGUUUUGACUGGAGAUUUUGCGAUGGUUUGUCCUGGGAGAUAGGUCAUCAACCUCACACAGUAAGUCUGGGGACUGUGUCCGUUGUCUAACACAAGAAAGGCAGAUAAAAUAUGAUUUUUGUAGCUUUAUACCUCAGCUUUUAAAAUAAAAUCAAUCAGCAUUAAGUUCAUCUAAAUGAAAAAGAUUUAAAACCCUCAAGGAUUUAUUUCCUUGUUCCCUAAAAGCCGUUUUUAACCGGUAGGACCUGAGAUCUGGUCUGUCAUGUUGUGAGCAUUCCUGCAUUGCCAGUCUGAUUGAAUUUCUCCAGGCCAUUGCCCACAGCAAAAACAGCAUCCGAAAAUGACAACAUAACUGCAUGUUGUGCAGUCUUUGCUUAACUUGCAAAAUCCAUCAGGCCUUUUUCACGUCCCAUUGAGUUAACGGUCAGGUCUCUCUGAGAGCUCAAUUUAUUCCUUCCUAAACUUGAAUCAAUAGUCAGUGCUUGAAAAGAUCUUUCAUCAAAGCAGCUUUUAACCUUACACUAAUCUGUGUGCAUUAUAACUUUAAACUCUAUCUUAGGUCAAAACAAAGUCUAAACAAAUAAACUUAACAGGAUACAAGUGAAGUUGAACGCCACGACCCUUAAACAGGUGUGUGCAUGAGCAGAAAUUCCACAUGUGCUUAAUCUGUGGCCUCUUUUAGUUUUGCCUGAGGCCAUCACUGUUUUCCAGCAAAAACAUACGUGCCUUUUAAAGUCCAGGGUAGCAGCACAACAUCUUUUCAAGUUCAAUUCUUAUCAGGACAAAAGACAGAAAAGCAGAAAAAUCAACUUUGCCUGUUGUUUUGUCAGAGUGAUUAACUAAAACUUUCCUCUAUAAAUGAUUGGUCCAUCUCAGCCAUUAGGUUUGCCAAUAGUCUGAUUAUGAAAAUGCUCUUAAGAUUAACUGGUAGAAACAAACUACAACAAAAAUCUGUUAUCACCUGCUUCCUCCAGAGUCAUGAGCUGCCCUGUUUUGGUGGGGAGAGCUGUUUGAGCAGGAACUCUGUGCCAGCUUAGAAAGGACAUGGCGAAGGUCUGCAGCCCCAGCAGGGUGGUGUUCUUACUCUCCUCUGAGUUCAUGAUCUUCAGGACAUACUUUUUACCUUCUUUGUCCACCAUGAGGAAGUUCUGGUCAAAGUAGCUUGGCAAAGUGGAGAUCUCAGUCACAAUGACUCCAUAAUGCAUGUAUGUCAUCUUGAUUGCUUGCUGUAGGCUGAAUGAUGGCCUUGGGCUGACGGUUGAUGCAUCUGCACACCAAGAUAAAAUGACAAGUCAAGUCAAGUCAAGUCAAAAUGUACCUACAUCUCACAUUUUAAAACAACUUCAGUUCACUUAAAUAUUUUUUUUAUGUCCUUAAUUACUGAUUAAAAUAGUUGCCCCAAGACAAAAUCUCAGACACGAGCUGGGAUUGUUGCCUCUGACUCGUUUUUUUUCUGCAUCAGGUAGAAAAGAAAAAAAAACUUUUUGAACGUGUUAAGUUAUUUAACUUCUACUCAAAUGAAUUAAAUUCAAAACAAUGACUUGAAAUCCAUAAAUGCUUAAUUAAACAAAAAGUAAUUAAAUGACAUUUUCAGACAUUGCAAAUUUGGGGUUACUUUUUUAUAAAAGACAAAAUUUAGUGACUAUUUCAGAAACAGGAUCAACAUGCUCAGUACAUUGGUAGAAGACAUGAACCUACGAUUUUAUCAAACAAAGCUUCCUAUAUCCACAAAUAAAAUUACAUAUUUUCAAUAACUUAAUUCUCAGUUGAUUAACUUUCAACUGGAUGUUUUCAAACUAAACUUAAAUUUUUGCUGUGGAAAGUACUCACUUGGUUGACACCUACUCCACAGCAGUGGUUAGAUGCACUAAAAAUCACUAAAAAAGAAAUUGUCAGUCCUUCUUAUGUUUAAUUUUUCAGGCAUCCGUGUGAAUGUCAGUCCUUUUCAUGACCAGCAAAAGGGGCUUUAGCUCUUUUCAUUAUACUCUGUUGUUUUAUUCACUUAACCUCUAAGCAGCAUUUCACAGUUUUACAAAAGUUUUAAAAAUGAUCAAAAUAAAGCAACUCCUCAUACUCCACAGAUAUACUGUCAACACAAUGCUUAAAAUAAUGAGAUAUAUUAAAAUGUUUGUGCACUCACCCAUGGUCUCUGUGGAUAGCGUUCAGGAGGAGUUGAGACAAUAACAGUCAAGAAUGUUUUCCUCAAGACCAUCCAUCCUCUUUAUACCACCAGUCUGUGGAGAAUCCAGUUGGACCAGAAUCUCCACUCAUAAAGACCCUCCUCAGGCAAAGUGUAGACUGGAGUUGUUUCUUGAACAAACUUGAAAUGUGUCCAGUGUAUUUAUCCACAGCAAUAGAAAUGUAUAGUAGUAAAAUGUGGAGCACUGUGAAAUGUGACACAAUAUUACAAGAUCUUUGAACUGUUGAUGGUUUUAAAAUAUGAAGGAUUUUGAAAAGGCCGAGCAGUUGAAUUAAUUCUCUUGCUUCCUGCUUCUCCUGCUGUGCAGACGUCUCUCUGCUUGCUCCUGCUGCUUGAGCUUUAAUCAUUUCUUCUUAAGUAAACCAAGAUUUUUAAAAUCAUUUUUGUGCCUUUUACUGUACUUUUUACUUUACCGAGUGACUGGAUAAUACAGCUAACCAGCACCAAGAUGCCCCCCUUCAGCACGGAUGAUUACCACAAACUGCUUCAGAAAAUUGCAGUGCUAGAGACCAAAAUCAACCGGUUAGAAGCAAAUGCGGAUAGAAACGGACGAUGCGGGAAUAAAACAACAUCUUGUGACCAGGACCAUCACACACAGCUGAUCACUAUCGACCAAGAAGACUACGGAUCCUCCAAUGCCUCUUCUUCGGAUUCCCUCGGUGCUAAACCCAAAUCAUCUCACUGGAAUUUGGGAGUAACAAGCAGAGCCCAGCGCCCUGAGAUCUGUGAUGAGACUGGCUGGCCUAAACUAUCUUCAACACCUGUCCAGCGUAAGAAGCAGCCGUGGAUAGCUGCCAAAGGAGGCCCUAAAAUCAAAAACAAUCUCCCCCCGCAGCAGCCAUCCCUCCCACUGCACAACAGAUUUGCUCCACUGUUACGGAAUCCUGGAUCCUCAUCUCCGCAUAGCAGGGUAAGAUCCGAGAGAAAAUCAAAAAACGGGGAACCUCAAACAUUGAUUGUGGGUGAUUCUGCUAUAAAAGAUAUAAAAAACAUGAGCAAAAAUAGCAAAGUGCUCUGCUUCCCCAAGGAUAUGGUCUGUGACAUAACAGGCAAAAUUCAGGAUAUAGUGGCCCCAUAUCCCUCUCUGACAGCUAUUGUGAUUCACUGUGGAGCUAAUGACAUUGUAACAGAACAAUCUGAAAAACUAAAACGUGAUUUCAGUGCACUAUUAAAAACAGUCAGCUCCCUGAAUGCUUAGGUAUUCAUCAGUGGCCCCCUUCCACCAAUCAAAAGAGGAGAUAUGAGAUUUACAGACUGUUUGCCCUGAAUCGAUGGCUAUCUACUGCCUGUACCAAAGUCAACUUUAUUGAUAACUUCAGGCUGUUCUGGGACCGCAGGCAUUACUUCAGAGCAGACGGACUCUCUCUAAACAAAGCUGGAGUGAAACUAUUCACCUCCAACCUGUAUCACUCCCUGCGUCAUCCAUCUGUCAAGGACAAGAGACAAGAGGCAAAAAGACAUGAGAUAAAACACCACGGCCUUGACAAAGAGACGCCUCGUCAUAAUAAGUAAUAGACAUACUAAUCUGCCUAGGAACAGAAGGUACCUAACUAAGAAUUUAUCAAACUUAGCCUCCAUCCCCCAUCAGCCCAUCAUGAAAAACAAUACAGAUAAUUUCUCUAGCACACUACACUCAGCUCUUUUAAAUGUCAGAUCUUUAGCUGGAAAAUCAUUCUUAAUCAACGAACUUAUCAUCAAGCACAAUCUCAACUUAAUGUUUUUAACUGAAACCUGGUUAGAACAAGAUAACAGUGCAACUGUUCUUAUCGAGUCAGCCCCCCCUAACUUCAGCUUUAUGAGUGAAACGAGGAAGCAUAGAAAAGGAGGUGGAGUAGCUAUCUUAUUCAAGGACUCAAUGCAAUGUACACAGAUGUAUUAUGGGAAUUUUCCUUCCUUUGAGUAUGUGGCCUUCCAGUUGAACUCUGCUACUAGAGCAAUAUUCCUAAACAUCUACAGACCUCCUAAAUACUGUGUGAAUUUCUUUGAUGACUUUACUGAAUUGCUGUCUAUAAUCUGUAUUGACUUUGACUGUGUAGUGAUUGUUGGUGAUUUUAACGUUCACGUUGACAACCCCCAGGACAGAGGCACCAAAGAAUUGUGCUGCCUCCUUGAUAACUAUGGUUUGACCCAACAUGUAACAGAGCCCACACACAAUAGAGGUCACACUCUAGACUUGGGCCUGAACAUACCCAAAAUCAUGGUUACUGAUGUUGCUAUCUCUGAUCACUCCUGUGUAUUUUUUGAGAGUACUAUCUCUAUGCUAUUCACUACUACUCAGACAGAGGUAAUGACCAAGCGGCUUAUCACUGACAACACCAGUGAAAUAUUUAAUCAGGCUUUGACUCCUCUCCCAGCUCUCUCACGGCUCUCGGUCAAUGAGCUUGUAGAAGACCUUUGAAUCACAAAUGCGAUGGAUGCCAUUGCGCCCACCAAGGUGAAAAUAGUCUCUGGCAAGAAAAGAUCUCCAUGGAGGAAUGCCGCGCUGGUUAGAGCUGAAAAAGAGAGUGUCGGAAAGCCGAACGCAGAUGGCGAAAGACAAGCCUUCAGGAUCACUAUCAGAUCUAUAAAAAGAGACUUCGUAUCUUUAACCUAGAACUGAGAAAUGCUAGGCGAUCCUUCUUCUCAGACAUCAUCACCAAAAACAAAAAUAAUGCACGCGCCCUAUUUACCACAGUCGACAGGCUAACAAACCCUCCAGUAUCAGUAGCCUCUGAAUUUCUGUCCGCCAAGGCUUGUAAUGAAUUUGCCUCCUUCUUCAAUAACAAAAUCCAGAAAAUUAGACAAACAGUCAGUAGCUCAAUAUCCGGUACAGGAUAUGUGUUGUCCAUGCGUACUAACCCCAGUAGCAUGACACAAUUCAACCCGAUCAACAUUAAAACCCUGGAGGACAUGAUACUAAAUCUGAACUCCUCCACCUGUUGCCUUGAUAUUCUGCCAACAGGUUUCUUUAAAACAGUUUCUAAUUGCAUGGUCUCAGACCUUUUACAGAUUGUCAACAUGUCACUUCUGUUAGGUGUCUUUCCACAGGCCCUGAAAACUGCUGUCAUAAAGCCUCUCAAAAAAAGCAACCUAGACAACUCAGUAAUGAAAAAUUAUAGGCCUAUAUCGAACCUCCCGUUUUUAAGCAAAAUCAUUGAAAAAGCAGCCUUCCAACAGCUUCACAACUUCUUAGUCCUAAACAACUGUUUUGACGUUUUCCAUUCAGGGUUUCGACUGCACCACAGCACUGAGACCGCUCUUAUCAAAGUCUUUAACGACAUCCACUUAAACUCAGACAAUGGCAAAAUUUCAGUCCUAGUAUUGCUCGAUCUCAGUGCUGCUUACGACACGGUUGACCGCAGCAUCCUACUCGAUCAACUGGAAAACUGGGUGGGACUUUCUGGAACAGUACUGGUACAACUGGUUUGCAUCCUACCUAAAGGAUAGAGACUACUUUGUGUCUCUAGGUAAAUACACAUCAGAGCGAACAAAAAUGACAUGUGGGGUUCCCCAAGGCUCCAUUCUGGGGCCACUCCUAUUCAACAUCUACAUGCUCCCUCUAACUCAAAUCAUAGCAAACAACAAAAUAUCUUACCAUAAUUAUGCAGACGACACACAGAUUUACAUAAACAUAUCGCCAGGCAUUGGCAUCAGUGCAUUGAACAAAUCAAUGAUUGGAUGUGUCAGAAUUUUCUUCAACUGAACAAAGAUAAAACUGAAGUAAUUGUAUUUGGAGCAGAAGAAGAGCGAUUAAAAGUCUGCGCUCAGCUUCAAUCGAUAAUGUUAAAAAGCACAAACCAAGCCAGAAACCUUGGUGUUGUCAUGGACUCAGACCUGAAUCUUAACAGCCACAUAAAGACAAUUACAAAGUCAGCCUACUACCACCUGAAGAAUAUAUCAAGGGUUAAAGGACUGAUGACCCAGUAGGAUUUGGAAAAGCUUGUCCAUGCAUUUAUCUUCAGCAGACUCGACUACUGUAACAGUGUUUUCACAGGUCUCCCCAAAAAAUCCAUCAGACAGCUCCAACUGAUUCAGAAUGCUGCUGCUCGAGUCCUCACUAAGACCAAGAAAGUAGAUCACAUCACCCCAGUUCUCAGAUCUUUACACUGGCUUCCUGUCUGCCAAAGAAUUGAUUUUAAGAUACUAUUACUGGUUUAUAAAGCACUGAAUGGUUCAGGACCAAAAUACAUUUCUGACCUGCUGGUACGUUACGAACCAUCCAGACCGCUCAGAUAAUCAGGAGCAGGUCUGCUCUCUGUCCCCAGAGUCAGAAGUAAACAUGGAGAAGCAGCUUUUAGUUUUUAUGCUCCUCAUAUCUGGAACAAACUCCCUGAAAACUGUAGGUCUGCUGAAACUCUCAGCUCUUUUAAAUCACAGAUGAAAACCCAUAUGUUUGCCGUGGCCUAUCAUUAAAUCAAACCUGAGGCCUCUAAACAACAUUUUCAUCAUUUGCCUGUCUUGAGCUUUUUUUUUUUCUCUCUCUCCAAUCUAAGUUUUGUCUUCUUUUAUCUCCAACCUUAUUUUAGCUUUAAAUGUAACUUUUAAUUUGUUAAAUGUCUUUUACGCUGUUUUUACUUUUCAAGUUGUGUUGAAUGUUUUGCCUGCUUGUUUCAUGUAAAGCACCUUGAAUUGCCCUGCUGCUGAAAUGUGCUAUACAAAUAAACUUGACUUGACUGAUAGGAUUAAUCUAGUUUGAACAUAAGACGAAGCAUAGUGAGAAAAAUUUAAAUCAUGACUGUAAAAGGAGAAGAUUGAUAGACGUCUGAAACAAAACCUGUCCUGGCACCUUUAAGACACCGAUGAGCUAGCCUGGCUGGACCAUCCUGUUGCGUGAAUCACUUGAUGUUCCUUCCCACCACAAGGAAGGAACAUCAAGUGAUUCACGCAACAGGAUGGCCCAGCCAGGCUACCCAUGAGCUGUUCCUAUUAUAACAUUCUGGGGGAAAAAUUUUAUUAUCUAUCAUGCCACUUCAACACAAGACCACACUAAACCUCUACAGCAUCAAUAUUUAUUAUUAAAUUUAGACCUUUGGGCAAACGGUUUAAGUAGGAGCUCAUAAUAGCCACAAGAGGGCAGUAUUACAUCAGAAACAACAGACAGUGAGAUGAAAUUACCUCAAGUCCUUUAAAAAGGUCUAAGUGAAUAGUCCUGAAUGAGUGUGAGGAGCUACCAUCCUGUAACUGAGAGUUGUAAGAGAUUAGUCUGUAAACUAAGUAAGACAUCAGCAUGAAAUAAAACAACACAAACAAUAAACUUUGUCCUUUUUUAAAAUAGAAACAGGCUGAUUUUUUAUGACGAGUAGUUUCCUCUUUUUUUUUUAAAUCAGUGUAGGAUUUUAGAUGUGUUUCACCACACAGCGGCAAAGUCAUUAUAGUCAAUUACUUCUCAGAGCAGUUAAGAGCGAUCCCUUGGUCAAAAAAAAUAAUACAGAUAAAACUGUAAGUGAAAGGAUGAAUAUAUCAAGGAUUCAAUUUUAGAAAAUAAACUUAAGCUUGUGACACUGAAGUCAUACAUGGUAGUUAUAGAUUGAAAAAGUCAUGACAUGUCCUCUCUGAGCUCAUGUUUCUUUUGAAAAUAGAGCAUCUAUGACAAUAAAAGACUGAAUCCAUUACUGCUGCAGAACUCGUGCAGUCCAGUCUGAAUGGAUUAGCAGCAUGCAUGCUGAUACAGCUAUAGACCUCCUGACAUACUGCCUUUUACAUGUGAACUCCUGUCGUUGUCUUUUUGAUUCAAAUUGACAUGUGAAUUCACAUGUUUCUUAACUUGCACUCCAGUAAGUGAUCCAGUUUCUGUAUGACCCAGAUCAAAGUGCUUCCUUCCUAACUCAUAAUCUCUCUGUUCAUUUACAGGGGUAAGAUGAGUUAUGGCAGACUGUUGUGGAGAUAAGUGGAAAGCCAUGUUGCAGCUCUAUAUAACAUGGUGGUGACACAAUGCAUUUGAAGUGUGUAAUGUUUCAUUUCUGUGGAAAGAACCAAAGGAAGAGACCUCUUAUGGAUCUGAACCUCAAAGAAGUGUUCAUUUGUUUAUUCAUGUAACUGCACCAGUAUAAAGGUAUAAAAUGGUUCACAUUUAGACUCGGGAAAAUCAUUCAGCACGCCUCGUAAAAGGUGAGGUAGAUUUUCUAUCAAAUCACAAUGUCAACCAGCACCACAGUAUUGUAGAAAAAAACAUGCAGAAAGAUAAAAACUGACUUGACAGGCAGAAUGAGCAGGUCAUUUCUGUCGACCAGAUGCAUUUUGUUUAAGGCACAGCACAAGUUAUGGAAAACACACUGCAUUUUGUUUUAUGUCUCUUCCUUUACAAUGGACUGUAAAAGGUGGUUUUACUGUUGAAGUGCACCCAUAUGAAAGUUAAACCCUAACCAAGUAAGACCCGGCCAUUCCAGAUCUUGAAAGCAAAACCUAAUUUCUGUGUAAUUAUGGACAAUCCUGACCAUAGCCCUGUAUAGAGGAACUCUUACUACUAUACAUUUCUGUAAAUGGACUAACUAACCUGUGAUUAAAUACUCCUGAAUUACACUAGUGAUUAAAAUACAGUCAUUUAAAAAAAAAAUCCUCUGGGUCACCUUUUUUGUUGUGGUUGCAUAAAUCUAUUCAAACAAGAUUUAGACAUUUUGAGCGAGUUUCUAAUUCAUUUACUUGCAGGUGUGACGUUUAUAGCAGAAAAGAUUUAGUGGGUCAGCUCUGAGCACACUUGGACUCAACAAACAUGAUUGUAAUAAACUCAAAGUCCAGCUGAAUGACCUGUAAGUGUGAAGUGAAGCGUUGAGGUACGAUAACGUAUCCCUGAUGACUCUAGCACCUGUUACACAGUUCCUCUGUGUAACGUCUGGUCAUGAGGGCUGCUGGAGGUGACUGGUUAUUCAUUAAAAGUUAUAAAUUACUUAUACAGUAAAGCAUUAUACGGUCUUGAUCUUGUCAUUGUUAGCUAUUUUGACAAUUGGUUGUUGUUGCUUUUGUAAAGACAAGACAAAUGAGUUUCACUACUUUGUCUUGGACUUCAUUUACAGAGAGAAAACUACAUUAUUUUAAACACGGACACAAUGAUUUCUCCUUCUGAAUGUGCGCAAUCAUUUGUGUACUUCUUUUCUUGGACGUCUCUUAAUUUUUGUCCUUAAACUGAGCAGCACUCUGAAACCACACCUUCUCCACCUGCUCCCUCCCAAGUUCCCACAACUGCUGAAGAAUAUAGAUGCCCUUCCUGGAGGUGAUCAUCAGAUACUCUUUAUUUUCUGGAUGAAGCGUCACAGAGUAACGGGCCAUGACUAACGACUGGCAAAAGCGGCACAGGACCAGCAAAUAGAGACAGUCUUUCUCAGCUUCAUUCAGAGGAAAGACAC